UGUGCAUGUAGGGAAAUGCGAAUAGUGUUCAUAGAAGACCUCAGAGGAGGCACAUAUCAGCUCCUUCUGUUUUGACGCGCUGUUGGUGGUGCAAGGGAUACCAAGCAUGAGAUCCCUAAGUCUGUUGCUACUAAGCGCCAGUUGCGCGCUAAUCCUAAGUUUAGCCUACGCCCAUCCCCCCGAGGGAGUGUGGAAGAAGAAGCUCACAUGGAAGGAGGAUUGGGUCCAGGUGUGGAAGACCGUUAAGAAGGAGGCGUGGGAAACCAAGUGGAAGAAGGUUUCGGUCCCAAUUUGGAAGGAAGUCAAGGUUCCCGUCUGGAAGGAGGAAAAGGUUCCCGACUGGAAGAUCGUGAAGAAGCCGAAGAUCGAGGAGAGAGAGGUGCCCGCCUGGAAGGAGGUCAAGGUGGCCGAAUGGAAGAAGAUAACGAAGCCCAUUUGGGUGCCCACAAAGGUCGCCGUCUGGAAGGAAAUCCAGGUGCCCAUCUGGAAGGAGGUGCAGGUCCCAUUCUGGAAGGAAAUACAAGUGCCCAUUUGGAAGGAAGUACAGGUCGCAGACUGGAAGCAAAUGUUUGAGCCCCAAUGGGUGAAAAUGGGCAUUCCCGGCGAGAAGUUCUUGGGCAAGGACCACGAGGGCUGGGAGUACACCAGCCACGAUCUCUGGCGCAAGAAGCUGAUCUGGAAGCCCGUGUGGAAGAAGGUCUGGCGCACCGAGAAAAAGCAGGAGUGGAAGACGGAGAAAAAGCAGGAGUGGCGCACCGAGAAGAAGCAGGAGUGGAAGACGGAGAAGGUGCAGGAGUGGAAGCAGGACAAGAAGCUGGAGUGGAAGGACGAGUGGAUCCAGGUGUGGAAGCCCGUGAAGAAGCAGAUCUGGAUCAAGGAGAAGCGCGAGACCUGGAUCGAGGAGAAGGUUCAGAUCUGGCGCACCGAGAAGCGCCAGGUGUGGGCCACCGAGAAGCGGCAGGCGUGGAAGGACGAGUGGCAGUCGGUCAACGUGCCCGUCUGGAAGGAGGUCAAGGUGCAGGAGUGGAAGAAGGUGUGGAAGCCCGUCUGGGAGAAGGUGUGGGUGCCAGUGAGCCAUGGCCACGGAUGGGACUAGGUCCGCGGCAGGGGUCUCCGCUUGGCUGCCAGCCAGGCGACAGCACUGAUAUCUGAUAACUGAUCCCGCUGAUCCUGCUGAUCCUGCUAAUCCCCUGGGGUCUGCCCCAUCCUCCGCAGAUCAGGAUCCUCGUUGUGUGCAACCCAACACGCUCAAAUUGUUACAUAGACUUCAUGUUGUAAGGCAUCCCACUUCCUCCUGCAUUCUGUACAAAACACCUUCAUACCUUUCGUUACCUGUUGGAAUUACCCAUUACCCAUAAUUGCCUCCAUCAUCGCCGUCUCCCACAAGUGUACAAAUUAGUCAUGCGCGCGUUUGUCUUUAAGUUAUACGAAAUUCAAUAAAAACAACAAAAACUAUAA